GUAUGAGAACUUAAUAUGGCAUAUGCCCAUGAAAUUUGCCAGUUUCGUACCAACAUGGCAUGCCUUUCAUCUCAGUACAAGUAACACCUAACAUAGCCUUGAUGAGGGUAACAUGGAGGACAUCGCAGAUCGAUGGAAAGUAAUUUUAAACUUGAUGCCCUUGCAUUGGACUACUGGGCAUUUCAUUCCGCUCUGAACUUAAACAAGUUUCAAUACAAGGUUGGUUCCCAAAGAUAUGUUUAUCAUGGAGAGACUGAUGUAAUUUAACUCCAAAUUCAUAUAGUGAUGUCUGGUAAAAAAAUAUUUGAGUGACAUCAGUGUCAUCUUUACAUAGUGUUCUAAUAUUUUUGGAUUUCUUAAGGAUGUUUUUCACUAAGGAGUCAAUUGCUGCAUACUGAGAUGAGAUCAAUAAUGUUGCCCAUGUUUCAUCAAUUGCAAUAUUAUAAAGAAAGCCCACAUGACUUGACAAUCAUGAAACUAAGAGCACUCUCUUAUACAUCCAGAGAGGAGAGCAUGGUGCAACCGUCUUUUUUAUAUUGAGGAAAGAAAUGGAAAAAGCAAGAAAGGAAAGAGGAUAAAAGUUAAAAGCAGUGAGACAUAUUGUAACUAAGUAUCCUUUGAAGUCCUAUGUGGUAUACUGGUACAUACCUGGUCAUUUUUGGGGCUACAUUAGCUCAAUAUUUCUUUACAUCCGGUUCUUCCCCAGGUUAUGUGAUUGAUGCGAUGAGAGCUGCAAAUGGGAUGAAGGCAAUAUUUAUAGAAUCACCAACGGUUCUGAAACAGUCUAUUUCAAGAAAUGGAAAUAUGAUUCCUUCCAUAAAUCAGAGUCAAGUGGGCCACGAUAAUUCACAAAUGAAUUCAUCUUCUUGGUUAAAGUUUGUGGCAGAUCUUUAUCCUCCAGGAUUAACCAACAGGAACUGGACUUGCCCAUACUGUAACGUUAUACAGCCUCCACGGUCAAAGCACUGCCAUGAUUGUGACAAAUGUGUCCUGCAAUUUGAUCAUCAUUGCCUGUGGUUAGGAACUUGCAUUGGUAAAAAAAACCAUUGUCGAUUUUGGUGGUACAUCUUUGAAGAGACAAUUCUCUGCAUCUGGACUGUUAUAUUGUAUAUCACAUUCUUGCACUCAAAAGACACAAAAGCUUGGUGGAAGGAUUUUAUUAUGAUAGUACUUUUGGUACCCUUAGCCUUUUGUGUCAUCUUCUUGAUUCUGCUGCUGCUUUUCCAUAGUUAUCUGGCUUUAACAAAUCAGACUACCUAUGAGACAGUGAAAAGGCGGCGGAUUUUGUACCUGAGGGGAAUUCCAGCAGGAGUUCAUCCAUUUAGUAAUGGCAUUUUCAGAAACCUGCGCGCCUUUUGCUGCUCCAGAGUUAGCAUAUAUGACAUGGAAGCAGUCCCACCAAUGGAGGAGCUAGAAGACAGAGCAAGAGCAUAUACCUGUGUGGAUGUUGUCUCUUGUAGGUGUUGUUGAUUCCUGUGGUGCUUCUCUCCCACUGGGUGUUUCAUAUCCCUUUGUUCUUGUUCCUAUUCCUGUUAUCCUCUUAGAUAGUCUGCUUGUUUGAUACAGUUCUUGGGUUUUUCUUUUUCCCCUUUUUAUGGCCAGACAAAUGAUGGUUUUCUGUCUCAAUAUAAUCGCCAUACCGGUCCGGCCAUGAGCAUUUUUUGUUAGGCCACGCAAAUUGAUGCCUUUCUUUAUAUCCUAUAUCGGUGGGGACAUUUGUGUGUGAUUGGUGUAUGUAUUUUGAAUGUCAA